AUGGAGCUCUAUGGCGGCCCCAUAAGACGACAGAGGGAUGACAAUCAAUCUGCAAGAGAGGAAGCUCAAAAUUGGAUUGAGUCAACAAACUACCAAUGGCUUCCAUUCGAGGUCGAACUUGAUAAGACUUCUGACACUUCCGUGCGUGUUACCUCCUACAUCAACAAUCUACACCCUAUUAAAAACAAAGGACUAUACGGCAUUAUCGAACAGCUUGCAACAUUAGGCACAGAGCCUUGGAAUGAUUGUUUGCUGAAACGCGAGCAUGGACGCGUUCCCACCCGAAUUAGAACACAUGGCACAGUGGGCCAAGAGGAAGAACUAGGUGAAUCUUUAGCAACGACCGAAAGGUCGAAUGAUAACGACCUCAAUCAUCCUGAACCAGGAACUGCAUUCACAUAUGAAGAAUGGAAAGAAGGAAAAAAUGGUAAGUCCAUUGUAGAUCAAGCUGUAUGGGAAGGCAUUCCCGAGCAUGCAUGGCGCUCAGAAGGACGGCACAAGUAUAUUGACACAGCCCACGAAUUCUACAGCAUUUCCCUACAAGAAAGCUUUCGAGACAAAGGACUGCAAGGUUUUGUGCAAAUUGGAAGUAUCGACCUGGGUGAAAGGGAUAAACAAUUUCCUGGAACUGAUUGGAACAUCGACGGAACGCGGAGUGAGCAUAUUGCUGCUACAUCUAUAUAUUUCUACGAUGUGCAGAAUAUAGUAAACAUGCAGAUUUCCUUUCGACAAAAAACUUGCGAUUUGGGCUCAAUAGCUGUGGAGGAAGGGCGGUUAUUGAGUUGGUCCAAUGCGUUGCAAUACAAACUUGAGCCUUUUACGAGAAGCAGUCUUACAGAACCGGGAAAUGCGAAAUUUAUCAAACUUAUGUUGGUAGAUCCACACUAUCGAAUCUGUUCGACCCAGAAUGUACCACCGCAAAGUCAUGAUUGGUGGGUUAAUGAAGUCUUUGCAGAGGAGAGUUUAGGAAAAAAAUUGCCAACGGAGCUCCUGAACAUGAUUGAUAAAGUUGUGGAUGUAUGGCCGAUAGGGAGGGAUGAAGCGAAGAGAGAUCGGGAUAAUUUACUCGAAGAACAUCGCUGGGCGAAGGAAGCCGAGGUUCGUCUGGCGGAGGCUUGGUAUGGGUGGUGUUGUUGUGCUCGCCAUAUGGCUGGGUAUUGCCGAGAUCAUUGA